AUGGACCAGAUCAAGCAGCGCAUGAAUGCCCUCCGCAUCGAGGCCGACGAGAGCGCCUCCAAGGCCGAGGAGUACAAGGCCAAGCUCAAGACACUCGAGACGGAGAACACGCAGAAGGAGCAGGAGAUCACAUCGCUCACGCACAAGAACCAAGUCCUCGAGGCCGAGGUCGAGAAGCUCGAAUCGUCAGUCAAGACCUACAAGGACGAGGCCACGGGCGGCGCCGCGGCGAGCUCCCAGGUCGAAGCCAUGCAGCGCAAGAUCCAGGUGCUUGAGGAAGAGGCUGAGGAAUCCGACAGGACCAUCCGCGAGCUCAACGAGAAGCUCCGCCAGACCGACGUCAAAUCCGGCCACUUCGAACGCAAAGUGCAAGCCCUCGAGCAGGCCCGCGAUCAAUGGGAAACAAAGUACGAGGAGAUGGCCAAGAAAUACGCCGACACCAAGAAGGACCUGGAUGAGUUCGCCGCCGAGCUUGGUAACAUCUGA